ACAAUUUACAGUGCAAAAUUUUUGUUUUGAGACUAUUUUUCAAAUGAUCAGUGAAGGAAAAUUUUGGUAUAUUGGAAAUAUUAAAGAGUCUUAUUGGAGAAAAAAAAUAUCUUAUACUUGGAUAAAUAAUAAAAGGAUUUUCAAAAGGAUAAAUUUGAAAAGAAUUAAUUACUCUUCAUCUGAACUUUUUAUGGAAUAAAUGGCUGAAUCAUCACGUGAAGAUUCAUCUAGAGGUGUUAUAGUUGAAGGUGGGGAUUUCCGCCGCUCAGUUUUUGGCGAUAAAAUUGUCAACAAGACUGUGAUCAACAAAUAUGAUCAAGCGUCUACAAAUACGUAUGGGGUCGAAGGUCACUUCAACUUGACCCCGCUUAUCGCAGUUUCUGAAGAAAACCCCAUAAACGUUGCUUCGCGAAUCUUUCACGCAACCUUGCGUAGUAGUGUUGUUGGUGAUCGCGAAAUUGCGGUUAAAAUUUUACGCGAUGGCGAGCGCGAGCGACGAGAAGCGCAAAUUCAUUUUGCUGUUCCUCAUCAUGUAAAUAUUGUCGAGCGCUUGUUCACCGAUACAUUCAAGUAUCACGGUCAGUCAUGUAUAUACAUCGCAAUGGAGAAGUGCGAUCCAUUGAAUCUUUACGAUUAUAUUGAGUUGGAAGUAAAGGAGGAGAUUCCAUUUGACGCUGAUAAAUACAUAUCUUUCGCGUUUCAAAUUGCUGUGGGGUUAGACUUCCUUCACAAUAAUGAUGUUCUGAAUCGCGACCUUGAACCGCACAACGUGUUGCUCUCUGGGAAUGUGGUGAAACUUUGCGAUUUCGGCCUUUCGAAAAUAAUGACCAGUGGGCCUGAUUUCACAGUUCAAAGUUUAGUUCAGCCUGGUACUGAUGGCUGGCGUUCGCCUGAGUUGCUCCAGGGCGCCGAGGAUAUUGGCAAAGGAUCUGAUGUAUAUUCACUUGCGCUGAUAUUCGGUUAUGUUUGGUCGCACGGUAGACACGUUUUCGGCAAUGACCCCCACUCUUGGAAUCACUACAUGAAACGCAAUAAAAAUAUGAACCUCGAUCAACUGCAAAUACCAGACCGCGAUCAAGGAAAGUCUUUGCUAACCACGAUGCUGAAGCAAAACCCCUCCGAACGACCAACAACCUCGGAAAUCUUGCAGCACGAUGUCUUCAAACAACACGGAGAAAGUUACCUCAAGACAAACAAAUCUAUGACCACUUAUGUUAGUACUCUCAAUACUUUCCGAGACUCUGCCGCUGGAAACUAUGAGGAGGCAUCGGGCUCAACGGAAGCAAAUCGAGACCAAAUAUGGGUUCCUAACAUCGAAAAUAAAAUUAUUAAAGAGAGCGAGAUCUGUCCCACGCCAGUUGCAGAAAUAUGGAAAGGUUAUUUCGGUUCACGACAAGCGAUUAUCAAAAUCUGGAAGCCAGGAACCGAGCUUGGCAGAAUGACGUUUUCGAAUGAGUUUAACAUCUUGAAGAAACUUUCUCACAAGCACAUCGUGGAAUUAUACGGUGCCGUGACAUAUAAAAAGAUAUUGCUCCUAGAGUAUAGGAAAUAUGGCACUUUGUCGUAUUUUCUUGAACAUGGGCAAGGCCGAUAUUCCACAUUAAACGAUCAAAUACGCAUGGCCACUCAAAUUGUUUCCGGAAUGGCGUAUUUGGAACAAGAACAAACAAUUUUCAUAAAUCUACGCGCCAAGUCCGUUUCCGUCGGGAAAAACAUGUCGUGCAAACUGUUCGACUUCAGUUUUGCUCAAUAUGUUGGAAACGAUGGGAAGUGGGAGGCAAGUAAAGGAGAAUGGGAGGCUACUAGUGAAACCAGAUAUCCCAUCAAGUGGGCAGCGCAAGAAUCCCUUUUGUACGGAAAAUUUUCACAUAUGUCAGAUGUUUGGAGUUUUGGUGUGCUUCCGACUGAGUUACUGAGAAAAGGACAGCCACCAUAUCCCGGAAUGUCCAUAAGGGAAGUUCGAGACAAGAUUAAUGAAGGGUAUCGAAUUCCAAGACCAGCAUCAUGUCCUGAACGACUUUACAAUGUCAUGCUUAACUGCUGGGACAAGGAUCCAGCUAAAAGACCAACGUUUGAAUAUUUAGCGAAUUCACUGAAUACCCUUAUGACCGAUGGGGCUAGCGUCAGCACUGAAGAAAAAGACUCACUGGAUAAAGAAAAAAAAUCACCGCUGAAAAAGACAGUGAAGGCACUCUUCAAAUUCAACAAAAGUGCAUAUGGUGCAAGUAAAUCAAACCUGGCAAAUAAGAGAGCACGAGUACUUUUUGACUAUGACAAAGAGAAGCUCGACGAAAUGAGCUUACAGAGGGGAGAAAUUAUAACGGACAUGACCUGCCUAGCAGACGGUCGGUGGAUUGGAAUCUGCAAUGGACGAAAGGGCGCAUUCCCAUCAAACUUUGUGGAGCUGAUAGACUAAAAGUUUUAUAUUAUACUCCUCUAAAAAAACUAACAAUUUCCAAAGGAGAAUAUUUAUCACCUUUAAAUAGGCUUACCAUACGUCACGCUUUUUAGUGUCUUGUCCCGCCGUCCUGACAAGUCAGCCAAAAGUCCCGCUUUGGCGUUCAGCCAUCCAGUAUAAAACACGAACACGUUCUCGUUACUAUUGUUGCCGUGUAGCGCAACGCUAGCCUACUUUCUGAAGAUGAAUUAUUUGUUUGUUUCAUUUUUCCCGUUAACCAUGUUAGCGAACGUACCCCUUGUAAAAUCAAUUCUAAUUGGUCCUGUUCGGACGUUCACGUGAAUGUAACGUCGAACUACGUCUUCUUGAAGAUGUUAUCUACAGAAAAGCAUGCUUGGGCGAAUAAGUAAAUUCUCAAUGCUUGAAAACGGCCGACUAUUUUAUUAUUCUUUAUUCCUUUUGCUGUACAUAAAAAAAUCUAAAUUCGGAUCAUUUGUAUCGUUAGCAUCUAUUCCUUUCUUUUUUCGAACUGAACCCGAUAUUUAGACAGAAAAUAUGCGCAUGAACUCUCGAUGACAAUAUGAUCAAUGGAGACAGCUGGGAUGACGUCCCCCUUUUUAGUCAAAAGAUAUGAUAACCCUACCUUUAAAGUAACUGGGUGAUAACUCCAGAAUUAAACCAGAUCAGUGUUUCAACCGGGGUUCCGUUAUACUCUAAGGUUCCGACAGUACAAAAUUCCAUUGAGAUCCGAGAGUCCAUAUAGCAUAGUUAAGUUUUGAGUUGUGGCGUCCGAGCAAUGUACAUAAAUUUCGGCUUGACUCCUGAGUGCGAUCUCCUGACAUGAAAUGCUCCAAUCAUACAGUAUGCUUUGCAACGUGUAUACGCAUCGACCAUAUUUUUGAAUGGCAAUAAUUUUUGUACAUGAAUGUAAAUUACUUAUUAAAACUGAUUUUAUUGUAAAUUAAAUGCAGUCAUUCAUUUAAAUAUAAUAUGAUCUUGAACCUGAUAAGAAAUAAAAAUGAAAUAGAGGAAUCGAUUUCGUGUAUGAAUUAGAAUUGCAGAGAAAAAUGAAUCUUAGCAGAUCAGUGUUGUGGAGUGCACAUAAAUAUUAUAUUUCUCAGAGAUGUUUAUCGGUAGGUUUUUAUGAUUAUAAAGAUUAAUUUGAGUAUAUAAUAUCGGGCAGCUUUGUACUUGAAGUAAUUAAAAAAGAUAUUUUGGGCGUUUCAAUUGUAUAAUUUUUGAUGCAUCUCGUACACAAACUUAGCAUACAAAAUUUCUGAAUAAUACAAAAAUCUGAAAAUCAGAAUUUGUAAUUAAUUUGCACAUGUUUUAUUUUUCUGAAAUUAUUCAGCCCCACGAAAUGGUGGUUAGCAAACACAGCUUAGUUGGUGUCCGCAAAUAACAGUGUUUAAAAUAGAACUCUAAUGACAAUUUACAUCUGUUAUGGAACCACAAGCAAAUUUUAGAGCUAGAUUUUAUUAAUAACGUUUUCAAGAUUAUUUCAAAAUUGAAAGAAAAAAAUAUACGAGCAAGAUAAAGCUAACAUUGACGUCAUAGAAUGUCAAUCCAAACAAGGCACUUGUCGGAAAAAUUCCUACGCCGAUUUAUCUUCAUGGGGGGAAGGGUUAAAUUUGAAUAUAUUUUGUCAACCAAUAUCAACUGGCACUCAUGAAUCUGAUACACGAUAAUAGGAAUAUUGAUAAAGCUCGGGAGCUUGAGACCAUGCUCUGCGCAAAAUUGUAGCUAAAAAGUGUAUUGAGAGCAUUGUUGUAGUCUUGUAGACUUCACAAAUCUAGCGAGUAUCUGUGGACAAUUGACGCAGCCAGCAAGGUUUUUGA